AUGGCGGAUGAUUUACCAAUUGCAGAAGCAGUUCGUUGUUUAAAGGAUCACUACGAACCAGGUGCACAUAACUCUUCAUCUGCAGUUCGGUAUCCUCAAGUGAGGGCCCCUCACUACGAAAUUAAGGCCAGGCCUGAUGAGCCUUUUCAUGAGGCUUGGGAAAGAUUUAGAGACCUCCUUCAGAAGUGUCCUCAUCAUGACAUGCCAAAAUGGAAGCUUGUCAACUUCUUUCAUAAGGGGCUCAAUGAGGCACAAAGUAUAAUUAAUGACAUUACUGGCCAAGAAGUUCAACUAGUAGCUAAUCCAAGAGGUGUGCGUAUAAUUAAUGACAUUACUGGCCAAGAAGUUCACCAUGAACAAGUGCAAGCAAUUACUACUCUGAGAAGUGGUAAGAGAGUUGAAAAUAAGGUGGAAGAAGAAGCAAAGAAGGAUGAAAAUUGGAAGAACAGACUUGAAGAGAAAAAUGAGCGGAAUGAAACAGCACAAGAAGUACCUCCAACUACUGAGCCAUCUCCAGAACAAAGGCAUGUUGUUAUGCCAUUCCCUCGGAGACUACAAGAAACAUCAAAGGCAGCAAAGCAAGCAAGCGAACUUCAGGACAUAAUGGAGAUGUUCAAACAGGUGAAGAUUAAUCUCCCAUUGCUGGAUGCAAUUCAACAAAUUCCAGCUUAUGCUAAAUUUCUGAAAGAUAUGUAUUUGGGUGCAAGUGUAAAUCUUCUUCCUUAUUCGGUUUACUUGCAACUCAGACUAGGAGAAUUGAAGCCUACCUCCACUAUUCUCCAAUUGGCAGAUAGGUCAACCAAACAACCUCGUGGUGUCAUCGAAGAUGUGAUCAUCAAAGUAGAUAAAUUCUACUUCCCAGUGGACCUUAUUGUGCUAGAUAUCGAGCCAGUUUAA